AUGUCCCCAGUCUACAGGAAGAGGGGGUUGAACACUGUCCACACAUCACUGAUCCCAGACCUGCUAACAAAGGAUAGAGUGGCCCCAGAGGCAACAAACACUGCAGAUCAGACCAUAACUUCUCCCAGAUCCCUCAGUCAAACACAGACACAAAUACAGGGACAGGAACAGAGACAGAGAGUUCUCCUAAAAGCACAAAGCCAAACCUCCGGCAUCAAUGACAUUAGCACAGAGAGGAGACAGAGCGAUUGCUCCUGUAAGGACCACAGGUGAGAGGGGGAGGUAUGGAACAACAAACUCUGGACAUGUAACGUCUCCAACUCUGUCCCGUCACAAUCCAGAUCCCCUGGAAUUCCAGGAGCAGGCCCGGCCAGGAGAGACGCAUCAACAGACCCAGAGGACGACCACUGCCCGCCAGAAUACCCAGGUCCAACCUCCCCUCCACCAGAAUACUCCAGGUCCAACCUCCUCCCUCGCACAGAAUACCCCUGGUCCAACCUCCCCUCGCCAGAAUACCGCAGGUCCAACCUCCCCUCGCCAGAAUACCCCAGGUCCAAACCUCCCCUCUCCAAGAAUAACGCAGGUCCAACCUCCCUCGCCCAUAAUACGCAGGUUCCAACCUCCCCUCGCCAGAAUAACCCCAGGUCCAACCUCCCCUCGCCAGAAAUAUCCCAGGUCCAAACCUCCCCUCGCCAGAAUACCCCAGGUCCAACCUCCCCUCGUCAGAAAUAUGCCCAGGUCCAACCUCCCCUCGCCAGAAUACCCCAAGUCCAACCUCCCCUCGCCAGAAUACCACCCAGAGCAACACUUACAGACCCCAGGGAACUGCCAGCAGCUGCUACAACCACUACUAUAACCACUACUAUAACCACUACUAUAACUGCUGCUCCAUCCUCUACUAG